CUUUUCUCAACCUUUGUCUUCCUGUCACAUUUAGAUUUGUCCAGGUCACAGUUAUUCAAACACUGUUGGAAAGUGUUCUUCUUUUCCACGAUGCCCUCAUUCAGUGUGGUGGAGUUUGUGGAUGAAAUGGACCCUGAUGGCUGCAAGAAGGUGGACAUCAUUCCAUCAGAAUGGUUCGAGGGCACUGACGGAACAUUAUGUUGGUGGCCACCAGCCACAUUGCUCAAUGUGACCAAGGCCGUGAAAGAGGGCACACCACCAGCUCAAAACUGGAUUCUGUGUAAUAUGCGUGUGAUGGGAAAUGCAGCUACUUAUGCGGAGGCCAGGGUAAAGCUUCAUCAAGCCGAGUAUACAUCCGACCUGACGGACACCGAAGAUGGCUUGAUAGAGAGAAGGGCAAGGUCAAAACUCUUCCAGAGUCAGAGCAAGCAACUAGAAUCAAGUGAGCAUUCUGAUUCAGAGGACGAACUUCCACCCACUCCACCAGAAAAACACCUUUGGCCAGCAGCAAAUAAAAUGAUCAGCCAGAUCACCAUCCCCACUGCCCAGCAAGUCGCCAGUGCCACUGUCCACCAGAUCGCAAUCCCCAGUACCCAGCGAGUUGCCAGUGCCACUGUCCACCAAAUCGCUAUCCCCACUGCCCAGCGAGUUGCCAGUUCCACUGUCCAGCAGAUCGCCAGCCCCACUGCCCAGAGGUUUGCCAGCCCCAGUUGUGAAGCCAUGUUCACUAAACUUCUUACAAUUGUAGAAGAAAUUAAGGAGACUCAGAAGGUUCAUGGUAAGAUGCUAAAUGCCUUGCUGAAGAAGCAAGAUACAUCAGUGAUGGAGGUUCCUGAUGGUGUGGUCUUCCCACUGCAAACUCAAGCAGACGUUGAGGCGCUUGAGGAGCUACUGGGGGACCGCAGUCUAAUGUCUGCUGUUGUUGCCAUGGUGGCAGACAUAGGGGGCACAAAUGUAGAUGACGCAACGAGACGAAUGAUGAAAUACAUUCUGUCAAACGAGCUGGCAUUGGACUACAACAUGUUUGGCCGUCACGGGAAAAAGAAGUUUAAGGACUUGUGUCUUUUCAACGUUCUGUAUGAGGCUCUUAAGAAGAAUUCAUUGACGGCACAGGUGAACCAGCAGGAGGCAGAGAGGGCACUGUCGAAAUGGUUCACUGGGGCAAGAGACAGAGGAGGACGAAGGGCAUCCAGACAGCCAGUGCCAAAUUUAACAGAACUGAGCAGUGGUGGAAUGUGAGUGCAGAACAUUUGUAUUCAGCUAAAAGUAGUUUAAACUGUUAAAAUAUUUAUCAUUUUUCAUCAAUUUUUUUAUCACAUGUUAAAAAAUAUUGACACACUGUUAUUUUCAUUAAUGAAU